CUCGACAGUUCCUGGUUCAUUUUUCCUGUUUGCGAGUCAAGCGAGUGUUCGUCACUUUUGUCUUUCUCUGCGGGAUUAAAAGUGACAAACAUCUUUUUGUUUCGCGCUGACAUCAUGAACUUGUUUUUAUUCUUUCUUCUGGUCGUGCAAAUGCACAGCGUGACGCCUGUGAUUCACACGCUGCAGUAUUUCCGCACUGUGUCCUCUCAAGUUCCAAACUUCCCAGAGUAUGUGAGUGUUGGUUAUGUUGAUGGAGUUCAGAUUUCUCACUAUGACAGCAACAGCAGGAAAGCAGAAGCCAAACAGGACUGGAUGAACAAAAUCACAGCAGAGGAUCCAAAAUACUGGCAGAGAGAAACAGAGAUCAGUGUUGGUAAUGAGUUGACUGGCAAACACAACCUUGAAGUUCUUAAGAAGCGUUUCAACCAAACUGGAGGUGUUCACAUUCUCCAGUUGAUGACUGGAUGUGAAUGGAAUGAUGAGACUGAUGAAGUUAAAGGUUGGAAUCAGAGAGGUUAUGAUGGAGAAGAUUUCAUAUCGUUGGACAUGAAGACAUGGACAUUUACUGCAGCAAAACAACAAGCUUUCCCCACCAAACUCAAGUGGGACCAGAACAAACAUCUACUAGACCACCAAAAGUUUUACUACACUGAGUAUUGUCCUUCUUACUUGAAGAAGCAUGUGAACAAUGGGAAGGAGGUCCUAAUGAGAACAGGUAGAAACACAACAUGUACUUUCACCUUUUAACUUGUUAGCACUCCCCCUAUAGGAACAUUACUGACAUUACACCCUGUCUCUUUAUACUCUUCUCUCUUUCUCUCACCUUCUCUCCAUCUUUACCUUCAUUCUAACCUUCUCUCCAUCUUUACCUUUGUUCUCACCUUCUCUCCAUCUUUUCCUCCAUCUACACCUUCUCUCCAUCUUUAUCUCAUUCUCUUCUUCUUUCCAUCUUUACCUCCAUCAUCACCUUUUCUCCAUCUUUACCUCCACUCUAACCUUCUCUCCAUCCUUACCUCCAUUCUCUCCAUCUUUAUAUCCUUCUCUUGAUCUUUACCUCCAUUCUCUCCUUCUCUCCAUCUUUACCUUAUUCUCUCCAUCCCUCCAUCUUUCCCUCCAUCCUCACCUUCUAUCCAACUUUACCUCCAUUCUUCCCUUCUCUCCAUCUUUACCUCCAUCCACACGUUCUCUCCAUCUUUACCUCCACUCUAACCUUUUCUCCAUCUUUACCUCCAUCCACAUGUUCUCUCCAUCUUUACCUCUUUUCUCACCUUUUCUCCAUCUAUACCUCUUUUCUCCCCUUCUCUCCAUCUAUACCUCCAUUCUCCCCUUCUCUCUAUUUGUACCGCCAUUCUCUCCAUAUUUACCUCCAUCCACACGUUCUCUCCAUCUUAACCUGCUUUCUCACCUUCUCUCCAUCUGUACAUCAUUCUCUCCUUCUCUCCAUCUUUACCUCCAUUCUCUCCUUCUCUCCAUGUUUACCUUAUUCUCUCCUUCCCUCCAUCCUCUCCUUCUAUCCAACUUUACCUCCAUUCUCACCUUCUCUUCAUCUUUACCUGCGUUCUCCCUUUCCCUCCAUCUUUACCUCCAUCCACACGUUCUCUCCAUCUUUACCUCCAUCCACACGUUCUCUCCAUCUUUACCUCCAUCCACACGUUCUCUCCAUCUUUACCUCUGUUCUCGCCUUCUCUCCAUCUUUACCUCCGUUCUCGCCUUCUCUCCAUCUUUACCUCUGUUCUCAUUUUCUGUCCAUCUUUACCUCCAUCCACUCUCUCACUCCAUUUUGACCUCCGUCCACAAGUUCUCUCCAUAUAUACCUCCGUUAUUACCUUCUCUCCAUCUUUACUUCCAUUCUCCCCUUCUCUCCAUCUUUACCUCCAUCCACUCUCUCCCUCCAUCUUUACCUCUGUUCACACCUUCUCUCCAUCUUUACCUCCGUUCACACCUUGUGUCCAUCUUUACCUCCGUCCACACCUUCUUUCCAUAUUUACCUCCAUCCACUCUCUCACUCCAUCUUUACCUCCAUUAUUACCUUUUCUUCCAUAUUUACUUUAAUCUACACUUUCUGUCCAUCUUUACCUCCAUCCACACCUUCACUCCAUCUUUGCCUCCAUCCACACCUUCUCUCCAUUUUAACCUCCGUCCACAAAUUCUCUCCAUAUUUACCUCCGUUAUUACCUUAUCUCCAUCUUUACUUUAAUCUACAAUUUCUGUCCAUCUUUACCUCCAUCCACACCUUCUCUCCAUCUUUGCCUCCAUCCACACCUUCUCUCCAUCUUUACUUCCAUCCACACUUUCUCUCCAUCUUUACCUCCAUCCACACCUUCUUUCCAUCCAAACCUUCUCUCGAUCUUUACCUCCAUCCCCACCUUCUCUCCAUUUUACCUCCAUCCACACCUUCUCUCCAUCCACACCUUCUCCUCAUUUUUACCUCCGUCCACACCUUCUCUCCAUCCACACCUUCUCCCCACGUUGUCCUGUGUUCACACGUGACAUCACUUCCUGUGCAGAGCUUCCAGAGGUGUUCCUGCUCCAGAAGACGCCGUCCUCUCCGGUCAGCUGCAUGGCGACAGGUUUCUACCCCGACGGUGCCGACCUGUUUUGGAGGAAAGACGGCGAGCAGAUCUUCGAGGACGUGGAGCACGGAGAGAUACUCCCCAACCACGACGGAACCUUCCAGAUGUCGGUGGCGCUGAAAGUGGAGGUGACGGCCGACGUGGAGGGCAAGUACGAAUGUGUGUUUCAGCUGUCAGGCGUCAAGGAGGACUUGGUCACCAAGCUGGAGAGAAGAAGCAUCCUGAGCAACGCAAGCCAUGAAGGUGAGAAAGACACAUUUAGUUGGAGAUGUUUCCCAUCACAAGUCCACCUGUCACCAUUAUUGAUCCAUGUCACCAUGACAACGCUUGACGUCUGCAUGCAAAGUAGUCAUGAAGGUUUCCUCUUCAUGCUUUGUCACUCCACUUGUGCUUUUUUGCUCUCCACAGACAACUUGAGCGUCGCCCUCGCUGCCACGGCGGCGGUCCUCGCUGUGGCGGCCAUCAUCAUCAUCAUCAUCAUCAUGGUCAUGGUCAGGCGUCACAGAAACAGACAAGGUGAGGGACGCCAAUGUCCUCUGUCUUCUUCUUCUCGGUGCACUCGGUCCAGGCCGUGAGUUGAUGCUUUCAUCCGGGCUGCAAAGGUGCGGCCAUCUUUUAGUUGCCUUCCAGCCAAACACUCAAAGAUCCACAGAGACAGAGCGCACACUCUCACGUAGAAACACGGCGUGACGUGAGGGGAAAAGUCCACUUCACCUUGUUUCUCUUUCAUUUCAGCCCAGUACGAUCCAGCUGGUAAGUAAAACAUCUUUUCUUUGAGCCGCAAGAAACAAAGCCGUGGUGAAGCGUCACUCACAUGGAGGUCUGAUGUGGACCUUUGUUACAAGUUUAGCCGGAAAAGCCCAACUGGAGCUGACUCCUUCACAAUAAAAGUCCCUCCUGUGAGCACACGCAAUACAAAGUCUGGCAUAUCUCACUUUUGACAGGAGUCCUCAUGAUGAGGAUCAGCCAAAUGAGACAUCAAGUGUGCUGACUCGUCAUGUUUCCAAGUCACACCUCAAAGAUCUGAUGUGAGUGACGAGGCACCUUCUGGAUGUUCUUCCUUCACCGUUUGCGUUUGUCCCGCAGCUCGCCACGGCGGCGUGGAGCUCGACGAGAACGUGCAGGCGGCUGAAGGCUGAGUAAGCUCACAUGGACUGUCUGCACCUCCAAAUGUUCUUGUGUGAAGAUGAUGUUCAACUUGGAUUCACCUGCUUCUGUCGGGAAUGUGCUGAGUGGUCUUCUUCCUCCAGGAUGCUUUGUGCACUGGAACACAGGGAGAUGUCUCCAUCGCUGAGGGACGUCAUCACACUCGGAGAUGAGAUGGAGAUGUGCUUUGUUCUUCGUCCGACUGCUCCUCACGCUAUUCCAUGUAUUCUUCUUUGGCCGUUAAAAGACUUUCAAGAUCAAACGUUGGUGGCUGUAAAAUCGCACGUUUCAUGGCCUUGACGUCAUGACGAGGAUUUCUUCUUUUCUUUCAAUGGCCGCUGCUUAUGAUCAAUAUCACAUUGUGUCACAUCUCUGUCAAUAAAUCCGUUUUUCCUCCA